UAAGAAAGGGCUUUAAAUAAGGAACUUGGGGUGAUAUUCUUCCAUUUUCUCAACAGCGGACAAGAAGGAUAACCUAUAUGAGUAGAAAUGAUGUAUCUUCAGUUUGUAGGACUGGCUUUGACAUUUACUACUAUAACAGCAUUUCCACUUAACCAUGAUACAAGCCGAGAAGCAUCAUGGAGUUUACAAAGCAACAAUCAAGCCAUUGACAAAAAAGAUUUGGUCAAAGAUACAAAUAGUGGGAUGUGGAAAAACCAUGUGGUAAGCAGUGACCUUUACUCCCAGGACUCCUUCAACCCCAUGGCAGCUGAACUCAGGCAUAAGCUGAGCAUGGAGUCUGAAAGAUUAAGAGCCCGUCUAAAGCAAGAGCUCGCUGAGCUGAGAGAGAGGCUUUCUCCAUACCCCAGCCACCCGAAACACACAUUGGCCAGUGUUAAAGACUUCCUUGCUCCCUUCACCAAGCAGCUCCAGACGUCUCUCCAGUCAAACACCCAGGAACUCUGCGAGAAACUCAGUCUGAACCUUCAGGACCUAAACCCAGAUGAAGCUACGCUCUACCAGGAGGCCGUGCAGAAGAUCACUCUUGCGCUGGAUGAAAGCCACCAGAAAAGGACGGCAGCUUUUGAGAACUUUAAAACGAAAGCCUUUGAAGCUGUGGAGGAGGAAAAAGACAGCAGUGGAAAGGAACUCUGGGAGGAAGUGACCGCCAGACUGGGACAGGAAGUCUGCACCUUCAGUCUGGAGAUACAAGGCAAGGUGGCCGCUCUAAAGAUAGCUUUGGCUGGUCAUCUUGCCUCGACACUUCCACCAAGAAAUGUGAUGGCUACAAAAGUGGAGCAGUUUUGUCAGAAUUCAUCAGUUCGGAAUGAACAGUUCAUUUUAAAUUUAGAUCAACAAAUGAUCGCUCUACAAGAAAAGCAGAAUAAUGGUGAGUCAUCAGCUGGUUUUCAUCAGAUAAACCUAGAAUCUAUACAGGAGGAUUUCUCAACUAGAAUUUCAGCCCUAUUAGAGGACAUCGUACACACCCUAAAUUAAAAAAGACUCCUUUCCAUUCAGAAAUACAAUGUAAAUAGCAUUUUAUGCAAUGUUUGAAUGUUAACUGUAACUUAUGUAAAGCACUAUCUUUGUUUGCAAGUCUCAAGUGACAAUUAAGAUGCUUUCAUUUAUUGCAGCAGAUUUAUUAAAAAUGUUUUGUAUUAUUAUUUUUUUCAUGUAUAUACUGUAUAGAAUAUAAAGCAUUUGAAUAAAGAUGUAUUUCUACAUAGCUGAAAUGAA